AUGGAAUAUCACAGAAAGCAAAUGAAUCAGUAUCUUUGUCAUGGAUAUAUUGCUGAGGAGAUAUUCAAGGAAAUCGGAACAGUUCGAGUGAAGCGUCGAAAUGAAUUUUCAUCAGGGAAUUCUAUACCCGAUUUUUUGGGAGAACAAAAUAUCACCGUUCAUGACAAACUUUUAUCCGAUGAAGGCAGUUUAAAAUAUAAAGAUUGGUUGCAUAGAACAACGACUCUGGAUGAUAUAUAUCGUCAUUAUUCUCCGAGUAAUACUUUCAAUAAAAAACACGAAGUCUAUGAAGAUUCUGAAUCUGAGGGGGAUAUCGAAGAAUUUGAAGGAGAAAUAAGUGGAUACUCUGUACCAAGUCCUAUCUCUACAGGAAAAAUUGGAAAGCCUGGAGGCUAUAGUUAUCCAAGCUACGGCAUCCCUUUGAAUGGUGCACCACCUCUCUCGCAUAAUCACAGAUUUGUACCAGCGAUACAUGAGCAGCAUAUCUACUUGCCAAGUCAGCAUAAUAACGAAGACGAACAUCCGAUAUACCAUGAGAAGGAUAAAGGUCAUGAUCUGUCGAUUAAGGAUUUCUUCGAAAUCGCCCUCACGGCACUUGCUUUCCUUUCUUUUGGACUCUUCGUCAUUCAACUUCUCAUGAAUAUAACGGCACCGAUGAUGACCACAACGACAACAGCAUCGACGGUUGUCGCGAGUAUCGAUCAGCGCUUCCGUAGACAUGUCCUUGACGCACCGUCACUUGCCUACGCAGAAGGUAACGCGGAAAUUGAUGAACUAGCCCAUAGAGUCCUAAGAUCUAUCGAAGCCGCGCUGGUGGCCCCUGCCGACUCUGGUAACUGCCUACGACGUAUACUUUGUGAGGACAACCGAUACUCUAGAAACACUCAAGGUGGACAACGUAUCUGGAUUCCUGCCUGGAGUAUGAGCAUGAGUUGGACAGCGGGUCGAAUGCUGAACCAGAAUCCAUGGUCGGCAAUGCUGGACUCUGUUAAGGCAUCGGUACUAGGACUUGGUCGUGCUAAGUGCGAGACUCUCUAUCCCGACUGCGACUUGCGGAGGGAACGAGUGAAGAGGCGACGACGGCGAAGGAAGUAA